AUGCCGACGGGCGAACUAGUGAACACACAUGUGUUCCAGCUUGUCCUGCCUGAUGACCAAAAGCUGAGUGUCACCACGGUAACAGUUGGCCAGAGCGCAGUUCUGGCCCAGGGUAAUGGGGAACGAGGCCCACCAAUCAUCUGUGGGGACGGGCGGCUCAACACACUGGAGCUCGAGGACAUCAAUAUUCCUUCCCAGGAUUUUGGUGACGACGGGUCCCUGUACAUCACCAAGGUUACCACCACACACAUGGGAAACUACAGCUGCCACGCCGAUGGAUACGAGAAGCUCUCACAGAUACACACACUCCAGGUCAACGUGCCCCCAGUGAUCAGGGUGCACCACUGGAGCCAGGCAUCGGAGCCGGGCAUGUGGACGGCCAGCCUGGCGUGUAAGCACGCCGAGGCAUUCCACAGCCACAGGCUGGCCUUGGCUCAAGCAACGCGUUCUGUGGGGUUCCGCUGGUUCCACGUUCUUCAGCCCGGCGAGUGGUCGAUAAGCCAGUGGGAGGAGUUGAAAGGCACGGUAGCCUGGGAUACCCGCGUGCCCACUCCCUCCACAGUGCCCGCUUCCUCCACAGUGCCCACUUCCUCCACAGUGCCCGCUCCCUCCACAGUGCCCGCUCCCUCCACAGUGCCCGCUCCCUCCACAGUGCCCACUCCCUCCGCAGUGCCCACCUGUGGUGCUCCCUCCACAGUGCUCCACUCCCUCUGGUGCCCGCCUCCACAGUGCCCACUCUCCACAGUGCCCGCCUCCACAGUGCCCGCUUCCUCCACAGUGCCCGCUUCCUCCACAGUGCCCGCCUCCACAGUGCCCGCUUCCUCCACAGUGCCCGCUUCCUCCACAGUGCCCACUCUCCACAGUGCCCGCUUCCUCCACAGUGCCCGCCUCCACAGUGCCCACUCCUCCACAGUGCCCGCUUCCUCCACAGUGCCCACUCCUCCACAGUGCCCGCUUCCUCCACAGUGCCCACUCCUCCACAGUGCCCGCUUCCUCCACAGUGCCCGCCUCCACAGUGCCCACUCCUCCACAGUGCCCACUCUCCACAGUGCCCACUCCCUCCACAGUGCCCGCCUCCACAGUGCCCACUCCUCCACAGUGCCCGCCUCCACAGUGCCCACUCCUCCACAGUGCCCACUCCUCCACAGUGCCCGCCUCCACAGUGCCCACUCCCUCCACAGUGCCCACUCCUCCACAGUGCCCGCUUCCUCCACAGUGCCCACUCCCUCCACAGUGCCCGCUUCCUCCACAGUGCCCACUCCUCCACAGUGCCCGCCUCCAAGACUCUCCUCCUUUCCUGAUUUUAACUGGAGUCUCUCUGUCUUUCUUUCAGUUGCAAACAUACUGUGGAGGGAAGAAGGGCUGGGCAUCGGGAACAUGUUCUACGUGUUCUAUGAGGAUGGUGUGAAGGUCAUCCAGCCAGUGGCCUGUGAGAUCCAGAGACACAUCAAACCCAGUGAGAAGCUACUCGGCCGACAGGAGGAGGUAUGCCCGCGACAAGAGGGCGAGGAGCAGCAGAAGUGUGUGUGGUCUUCAGCCGUCAACGUGAAGGACAAAUUCAUCUACGCUACGCAGCCCCUCCUUAACAGAGUGCUCAUCGUAGACAUCCAAUCACAGAAGGCCGUUCAGACGGUCGCCACAGACGCGGUUCCGGUGAAGCUGCACUAUGAUAAAUCCCACGACCAGGUCUGGGUCCUGAGCUGGGGAGACCUGCAGAAGAGCUCUCCUACCCUGCAGGUGAUUGGCCAGGCAAGCGCCAGCUCUUCCCACCACACGGUACACACUCAGCCGGUGGGGCAGCACUUCGACCGUGUGGAGGACUUCUUCAUCCCCCCCGCCAGCCUCCUCAUCAGCCAUGUCAGGUUUGGGAUCAUCAUGCACAAGCAGGAGCCGGCGCUGCACAAGAUUGACCUGGAGAGCACGUCCUACGUGAAGAACAUCAGCCUGUGGGAGCACCGCUGCGUGCCGCGCGCACUGGCCUACACUCACCUGGGGGGCUACUACUUUGUCAGUUGCCAGGACGACAGCACGGGCGCACGGCGCCCCCAGCUGGUGCUGGACAGCGUGACGGACAGCGUGAUCGGCACCAACGGCGACGUCAGCGGCACUCCCUACGUCUCGCCCGACGGACGCCACCUGGUCACCGUGGACGACCGGGACGGGCUGAUGCGGGUCCAGCAGGUGUCGUGGCGCGGCGAAAUCGGCCAGCCCUUCGACAUCCACACCAACCUGCACCUCUCGGACCUGGCCUUCCUGCCCAGCUUCACCGAGGGCGGGCAGUACAACGUGUUCGGCAGCUCGGGCCGCCAGACGGAUGCCCUGGUGGUGGAACUGCGCUCCGGAAGGGUCAAGAUGAUCAAGAGCCUGAAGGAGCCGGCGGCCGCCGAGCAGUGGCGCUGGGGCCGGCAGAACCGCGUCAUGGUGUCCAGCGGGCUGUUCGGACAGUACCUGAUGAGCCCAGCGCAACAGUCGCUCUUCAUCCUGGACGGCCGUCUGGACAAGCUCAACUGCGAGAUCACAGAUGUGCCCCGUGGAAACACUGUAGUGUGGGUGGGGGAGCCGUAACCCCCCCCCACCCCUGACACCCCCACAGCCCCCAAUAGUGCUGCACUUACCCCCCAACCCCCCCGCCCCCGUCCCGUCCCAUCUCUUUACAACAGAAGUUUCCAGAAGUCUCCAUGACCAAAUGUACUGAUGGAAACAUCAGGCGAUUGAGUAAUUAGACAAAUUAAUCCUAUUGGUUGAGUUGAGUAAUACAAAUUAAUCCUAUUGGUUGUUCAAACAUAGCGAGAGACACAGAGAUGCAGUGUGUGUGAUAAGCCCCGACGCCAGAUAUUCAACCCCCCCCCCCCCCCCCGUAGACACACA